UGCCUUGUAAAGGAGUUAGCUACAUUGGUAAUGGCCUCUGAAAGCGAGCAUGAUGAUCCAUUCCAGCGAAUUCUGCUUCAAAUCGGUGGGAAAAGUAACAUUCAUUUAAUAAGCGCGGUGAGCGGACCUGAAGGAGACACCGGCGUUUUACAGGACUUUAUCGCUGAUAUGUUUAGCAACGGGGAGCAUGAAGAAAUCCACGACUGUAUUGGCAACAGUAACGGCGAAAUCAAAAUCCAAACAAACGUCUGCAUUCCCGACCCAUCAGAACAAAGUUCAUCUAUUCCUGAUGAUCGAUGCACCAAGAGCGAGAAACCAGACCCACUCGAGAAUAAAAGCGUGAGUUCAAGUAGAAACAUCGGCGGCAAGCAGAGAGCCAUCAAAUGCUCCGUGAUCAUAUUCAUCUUCAGACACGAUUAUGUGUGUGAGAAGGAGAACGAGGUGUGUUUGAGGGAGAUCCUGAAGGACGUGAGAGCUCGCUUAAAGAGAAACGCGCUCCGCCCGGCUCUGCUGGGACUCGUCCACACGGACAGCGAUCAGUCUGAGAGCCGCGCGUCAGUGGAACUACUGGAUCGAUCAGUGCGAUCAGUGUUUAUUAGUCACCCCCAACAGGCCAUAUGGACCGGCCGGUACGUCUCAAAGUGCCCGGAUGUGUUGCAGGAGAUCAGAUGGAGCACAUGCCGGGCUGUGAAGUCCUCAAUGUCUGCAGAAAGCGGCGCUGGCAGUAAGAGCGGCUUGUUCUGGCCCCUGAAAUGUUUCCCAGGAUUGUUCAGGAAGCGACACAGAGGACAGGCGGACCUCAACACCAACACAAAUCCAGAUCCAGCUGAAGAAGGAAUCGCCCUGCAGACGAAGCCCUCGGCACAGUGACGCUUCGGGACAGGUCAAGCCUCGCAC